AUGACGGAAUCUACGGAUCUGGCUCAGAAGCUGCAUGCAGCAGCUGAUGGAUUUAGACUGGGAAAGGGCCACAGCGAGGGCCUCCUCAGCUGGUUGGGGCCCCUGCUGCCUGCCCUGGGGCACCCCGAAGCCCCUGUGGUACAGCAGAAGAAGCUCGGCAGCAAGGCAGCAGCUGUACGGGAGCACCAGCAGCACCUGCUGCUGCAGGAGCAAGAACGAGACCUCCCCAAGCAGCGCCAACAACUGCAGCAGCUUCUAAAAGUAUAUGCGGCAACCUCUCCGGCAUGCAUCGAGCUGCUGGAGCUCGUGGAUGUAUGCAAUGAGAGGCUACUUCAAAAGGUAACGGAGGUGGGCCGCACCGGCCAGAGGGGCCUGCCGGAGGGUAUUAGUCCUGCUGCGGCCCGGAUGCAGCAGCAACAGCAACAGCAGCAAUUAGUGCUCCUGAAAGGGGCAGAUGAGGCGGAGGAAGCAGCACGUGCAGCACAAGUUGCUGCCCUUAUUGCAAGUGCGAUUAUCAGAGAGGAGAGUCUGGAUUCUCUCCCAUCUGCAGCGGCUACACGUAGUCGACUUGCUGCUGCUAUUGCUGCUCCCUCGCGGCUGCUGUCGUUCAGUUCCGUGCUGCUGCCAUUCCCUACGGCAGCAGGCAGUGGGAAGCAGCACGCUCUGCUGCAGUUAUGCAUCUGCAGGCUGCUAGCGUCUGCUGCUGCUUUUUCCCCAGCAGCAGCGUGGCGCAUAGCCUCAGCAGCACAGGGUGCAACGGCAGCAGCAGCAGCAGCAGCAGCAGCAGCAGAGUCUCUUCAAGGGGAAGGUGGUGGUGUACAUGAGAAGGUCGUGCAGCAGCAUCCUCUCCAACGGGCCCUCAUCUGUCUGUGUGAGGGCCCCUGCCACCGCCUGCAGCCAAGCGGAAGCAGCGGCACAAACAGCAGCAGCAGACGCAGCGGGGGUUCUGGAGACAGCAGCCUACUGCCCCCUCCCCCGAGAGCGCUGGGCCGUUUGUGUGGGUGCCGCCACUGCGUCGAAACCGCAGCAUCAGCAGCAACAGCAGCAGCAGCCGGAAAAGGCGAGGGAGUAACGGGAGAUGACAGCAGCCCACAGCUUAAAAGAAACUGGCACAAUGCCUGGGGUCCCUUCUCUGUGCGAUGCUGCUGUCUUUCCUGCUGCGAGGAGACAGACCCCACAAACCAUAGUAGGAGGAGUGUGUGUAGAGGAGGAGACCAGCAUGCAGCAGCUGCUGCAGGUGCUGCAGAAUUCGGGGGUGGUGAACAUUUGGCAGUAGCAGCAGCAGCCGCUGCUGCUGCGGUUGCGGGUGUACGUGCAGCUGUGCGGCGGUUGCGCACACGAGAGGCCCAGGAAGGCCUCGGAGGCUGUGGGGUGGUACCCAUUCGUUAUGCGCUGCGACAAGAGGUUCUGAGGCUGCUGCUGCUGCUGCUGCUUCACUCGGAUCCGCUGGUGAGCAGCGCUUUGCUGCAACAGCGGAGACGGCCCAACCCGCAGCAGCAGCUGCAGCUGCAGCACCAGCAUAAGGGUUCACGGGAUGGUGUUGGAGACCCCAGCAGCAGCAGUAGCAGCAGCAGCAGUAGCAAGCAGGAAGGCGGUUUGGCCCUUGUUCGCGCGGCGCUGCGGGGGCUGUCUACUGACAGAGAGCUUGACGCACUGUGUUUGUUGGUGGGGUUGUUCGAGCGCUUCAGCACUUGUCGAAAGAAGGGGCAAUCUCCGGAGACAGAGGCAGCAGCAAGGCGGCUGUUUCUCGUUAGCGGAGGCGGAGGCUUCCCUGUGCCGCUGCUGUUACAGAGGCUUGCUGCCAAGGAACAACUGAGUCACUUGCUGCUGCCCCUGCUGUCGCCAUGGCAGGACUGCUGCAGCUCCACUGCAGCAGCAGCAGCUCCUUCAGCAAGUGCUGCCGCAGAAGCUUUAACCAGCGAUCACGUGGAACCUCUGCCUGCUUACUUUAGCAGCGCGUGGACUGUGCAGCGGCUGUUGGGGUUUCUGUUGCUGCAGGCACUGGGUCGAGGGGAUUGGAGGGGGCCUUCUUUGUGUGGGGCCCCUCAGGUGGCAGCGGAGCAGCAGGGAGGAGACACCAACCGACUACGAGCUGGUGUUGCUUCGCUUGUCUCUGUCGCUCUGGCUGUGCGCCCCGUUCAUAUGCCGCCGCAGCAGGAGCUGCUGUUGCAGCUCUUUAGGGCUCACCCUGCUGCAGUUGCGCCCUUCUUGGCUCGGAUAAGUGGAGUACUGCUAACACCGCGGAAGACCUCUACGUUCGCGCUGUCGUGCCUCUUCCUCUGCCGCCUGCUUGAAGCCCCCUUGUCCUCCACUAGACUCUCCCUAUACCAGGCGCAGCAACAGCAGCAUCUCCUAGGGAGGCCGGGAGCUGAUCAGGGGGAAUCGUGCUCGCUGCCUGGGCUAGAAGGGGAGAGCGAGCAGCAGCAGCAGAAAGAAGACGCGGACUGCUUUGGGGAACUGGAGCCGUUGCGGCGACAGCACGCGCUUCAGCAGCACGAGCAGCAGAUGGCUGUGCAGCAGCAGUGGAGGGCUGUAGGGCUGGCGGUGCUGCACGUUGCUCCCCCAGUGCUGCUGCUACGCCAGCACCUUUCCCAAUGCCUGCUACAGCAAGACAUUAGCCUAGCCUUUUUUGGGGUGUCCGUGCUGAGGGCCUGCUGUCACGCACUUCGCUACAUGCACGGGGCAUUGAAGCACAACCCCGAGCAGCAGAGGCUCUUUCUGACCCAGGUGGCUCCCCGUCUACCAGAUGCGAAGACACUUGUUAACUCUUUGCUGCGCCUGACCCAGCAUCACCAAAAGCUGAAGAAACAGGAGCAGCAAAUGCGCCAAUCGGAGCAUAGACUGGGCCUCGAGGAGGCAGUCUUUCUUGACUGUUGGCUGUCGGACGAAGCCCUGGCGAGGGCAGCAGCAGCUGCUGCCGCUGCUGCUGCUAAGGAGCAGCGGAAGCGUGACGUAGAGAGCCUGCGGCAGCAGGGGCCAUCGGAGGCGAGCGACGACGAUCAAGUUGAGGUUCAUGUGGCGGGAGUGGAGCGGGAGAACGCAGACAGAGACAACUCGGAGACCCUUGUUGCCCAAGAGGAGGCCUCUCAGGAGACACCCCAGCGCACAUAUGACGCAGACAAGGGGGUGCCUCUGAAGGAUCUGCUGCAACUCUUCUUUAGACAGGGGGCCCCUGUAAGGGACGGUCAGGAAUGGGGGCCUAAAGAAGCUUGCGGAUAUAGCCUGACAGGGCCUGACGGGCCAGAUUCCGAAGAUAUUUUCUUGCAGUUUGCGCUAAGGUGUCUGGACAGUGCAGACGCAUAUCAAGAUAUGCUGAUGCCGUCUUUUCCUCUGGAAUGGGGCAAGCUCUUGUGUACGUGGAAGGCGGGGGAGACAUCGAUCUCCAUAGGGGCCGCAGGGGCUACAGGGGUACCUGGUCGGUUGCAGCUUUGCUGUUCCUCUCCCUGCCUUGCAGCAGACAUAACUCAUCUAGGGGUGCAGGCACGGGGAGGGGUGGACACAUGGGGUGACGAGAUAGCACUUGGCACUCCAGUUUCCAAGCAGCAGCAGCUACUGCUGCUCCACCUGCUGCUACAAUGGCACGCCGACGUGCAGCGCAGCAGACAGAUGCUUCCGGACAAGCAGGGCCCACCGACAGUAGAGCUGUCCCAAGAUUUCCUUGUCUGCCGUCAACGGAGUUCGCCGCUGCACAUUCUUUUGAGGCUGCUUCACAAAAGCGGGCUAUUUGCGGACUUAACUGUGGGGCCUUCUUGUUUAGACGAGGCAGCGGUGUGGCUGGCAUCGCUGGAGGACAGCGCCUGCUUCCGCUGCAGUGCCCUCUACUUCGUGGGGCUGCUCCGGUUGGCAAGCGAACGGCGCCUGAGUCUCCUCGCGUACUGCCAGGAGCACCUGGCUGGAGAGGCAGCGGCGAGACAGGAGGAUGCGCGGGGACACGCAGCAGGUGCAGCAGCAGGAACAGAGGCAGGCUCUAAUCUGUGUUCGCUUUCUGUGUUUUCUUUGGCGGUUUUGUCUCACUUGUCAUUGACCCCGCGCUGCAGUGGGGGAAGACUAUUGUUUGUGGAAAUACCUCCUUUUGGCGUUGGGGCCCCCCGCGAAAGUUGCUGGGGCUACUGCUCCCCGCUGCAUGCAGAGGAGCUCUGUGCUGCGGCUUUGGCGGGGUGGGCCGUGCAGGGUUUCAUGCGUUGUUGUAUGUUGAGCCCCUCUUGGGGGCCUCCACUCCUCCACUGCCUGGACGCUGAGGGCCCUUGGCGGGUUGUGGGUGCUGCGCUGAACGUCGGGGCUUCCGCGAAGCCGGACCAACAGGAGCAGCGGCAGGAGGAGGAGGAAACGCAGCAGGAACAGCAACAGCAACAGCAACAGGCGGAGGCCGCCAGGGCUGCUGCAAGCCAACACCCUCAGUACGAAAGUGUAAACAAAUGCCGCCGGCGGCUCCGGCGAUUCCUGAAGGCUUCCAGCAGCCGAGAAGGGGGACUGCACGAUACCCAAGGUCCCGAAGAAGAGGGGAGGAAGCGAUUGCUUGACUCACAACUUGGCAUGCUCUCUGGGGUUGUUCGUCGCCAAGCAGCUAGAUGGAACCCGUAUUCUAUGCGGCCGGCAGAUCUGCUGGAGGUUUUCGCAGCCCAGCUACCAGGGGCUCAAAUGGGGCCUCUUGGAGGCCCCGCAGCAACUGCAGGGUGGAUCAACGGCUUGGGCCUUCUGAGAGCGCUAACGCAGCAUAUCGCGGAGGUGUUGCUCCCCGCGAGUUGCGGUGGGGUUGUCGAGGAAGCAGCGGAGGCUGGCGGAGAAACGAUGAGUGAGAGACUCUAUCCACUUCUGGUGCAGCUGGAGGCGGUCACCCGUCACCUGAGGGACGCAGCCAUAGGGAUGGGAGGCCUUCCCCGUGGCUACCCCUCCCUAUUGUCACCGCGUGAGACUUUAGAAGCCGGUCCUGCAGGACAGCUUACUCUGCUGUCCGAUGUGGUUAAGGUCUCAGAGAAGCUGCUUCGCUUUGCUGUCAAGGCCAUCGGAGGACUGCAGUCUCCUUGCACCCCGGAGCAAUCCCACCAGCACUUAACUCAGAACGGGUGGCAGAAAAAGCGAAUAGAACACCAGAAAGGCAUCAGCGGGGGUUCGAGUUCCCACAUGGAGGCUCUCAACAAAUGGACAGAGGUGGGGGCUGUGUUGAUCUGCCACACUGCUAACCUGCUGCAGGCGGCCGCUGCUGAGGAGCAUACCCUGGUUGCAGAGCCCUCACCGUGGCAGAAGCAGCAGCAACUGGCGCUGCAGCGGAUACUGCGGCGGGCGAUCGAACUGGCAGCGACUUUGCUGCAGGCAUGGGAUUUGCAGAAUCCGGAUAACUGCGCGCUCUCUUUCCGUUGCAUGCGGCACCUGGACCUCGCCGCCAGCCUUCAGGCUUGUCCUCCCGAUGGGUACAUCACGAGUGGGAAGUCCCACGGAUCGACCCAAGACAAGCAGAAAAAAGGCGGACGAGACCAAGAGGAGAUGGAGACACAACAGUGUCAAAAAGCACAGACGAGAUGCCAACGGGAGGAAACACCCGUCGGGGACCAGCUACUGGCUUUGCUGCACCACCUCACAGCGGCUGCAAGGCCCUUUGCGGGAGAGGAUGGAGAGCCGUUGCUGCUUUUGGCAGCAGAGGCUAUUGUAUGCCGUAAAGGCGCGACAAAUGCAGCAGGAGCACCUGCAGGGCUCGCGCAUCUGAGGUGGCUGCUUCCAAUGCUGUUAUUCUGGGGACAGGAGGAGGGAGCAGCAAUAGAUACUCCUGCCGUGCGGUUGACAGGUGCUGACCGGAUCUUUGGCCUCUCGCUCGUGCUGCAUGCAUGUGGCGCAGCUCCAAGUUCGUCGGCCGAACUCCUCCAAGCUCCAGCACUCCCUUUAGUGCAGCACUUGCAAGCACUCUCUGACAACAAUGCGCUGCGCCUGUUCAGCUUCUUACAUGGCUUGUGGGAGGGGCCAAAUGAAAAGCAACGAGCUGUUGCGAGUGCUGGUAUAUGCUCUCUAGCGCCAGAGAAAACGUUAGAUAUAGUCCAUAAAGCCAGGUCCUGCCAUUCGAGAGACGCUUUGCUGCGAUCAGCAGAGAAGGUGAUGGUAUGUCUUUGCUUACAGAUAUCACCUGGGGGCACAGCAGUUCGAGGAGACGAGGGUGCAGUAGCAGCAUCAGCAGCAGAUGCUGCCGUGGUCUUCCGGCAGGGCCUCGUUAGGACGCUGUUCGCUUGCUGGGACCAAAGUCGGAGUUUCCGGAGUGCAUGUAUUCGCCUCUUCCUGCCUUCGGAAAGUGCCGAAAACUCGGAGGAAACGAUCCAUACCCUGGUCCACCCAGCGGUGCGUCUCGCACUGCUGCUGCAGUGGAGGGAUCCUAUGCAGGAUUUACAUGAAUCCUUUUACCCGUCUGUCACGGCUGCACUGAGGCGCUGCCAGGGGGCACUGCAGGGGGGUGACAACAAGGCCGAUGCAGAGAGCAGCAGCAACAGCAACUCACGCAAGCGGCGAAAGGCUCCUGCUUCGAACCCCAACCCGGGAGGAGUUGGCUGGGCAGGCGACGUAAUGGAGGCAUUAAAAUGGUCGGUAUUUGCCAGGGAUAGCAACGAGGGCCCUAGCGGCAAGCGUGUGCGAGCCAAGGGGGCACCAUGGCAAGUGGCCGCGUUAUUCCUUAAUGAGGGACCCGAGGGUGAAGGCCUUUCUACCUGCCUGUUAGCUACGGAGGCCCCUAUUCUGUGGGCAAAGGCUGUGCAGCACUUUCUCGCUUCGCUUGCCAUGCAGCAGCCGGGGAGAGGCACAGCCCUUGUGCGUCUCAGUGUGGAAUUGGCGCGAGAGCUCGAGGAGCUGGCGGGCAGUCUUGAGGAGCCUUUUGCCAUCGAAGAUGGGUGGCCGGUGGACGGAUGGGCGCGAUAUCAGUUAUUGUCCGUGAUGUUGCACGCAGCUGGGAGCGGUAGUAAGAGCUGUGUAGAUGCAUCCGCUGAGGGGCUGCGUGCUGUGGGUGCCGCUCGUGGGUGUCUCGGAGCAGCGCUAAAGGACUUAAAGACGGAGUUGGGAGAGCUGCAGGAGGCUCUGGCUGGGUCGGGGGACCUGUCGGACGAAGCGGUGUAUUCAGCAGCAGGCGAGGAUGGUGCAGCAGCGGCUUCUGCUGACCUGGCUUAUUACCUAGGGGCCGUGUGCAGGGCCGAGCAGCUAGGUAAGGUGAUUGUGCACGCCUUACAGCCAAGACGGGCCGCUGGAGACGCCUGUCUCACAAAAGAGCAGAAACAGUUCUUCAAAGCUCUGAGGCCCAAGGCUCAAUCAAUCGCCAAGGGCUUUCUGGAGGCGCUGGGCAAUUCGCCGCCAAGUGCAGCAGUUCACUGCGGUGCGGCCGCCCUGUUGAAGCCGCCUGCGGUUGUUCGGAACUUGGGUUUGUCUCCUACCGGAGUUAUUACUGAGGACCUCUUGGCUGUCCAGGCCUGGGUCUUUCUUAUUCUACCGGCAGUGCGGCUCACCAUGAUGGGGGCGUCGCUGUCUCCAUCUCCAGAUGCAGCGGCGGCGUACGCCAAGGAGGCCGCACGACAGACGCUGUCUUGCCCAGCUCUUGCAGCCCUGGGCAGUGCAGCUAAGCAGACAAUUCGGAAGUCGACGGCAGCUUUGGGACAGAGGAUCGGCACAACAGCAACAGGGCUGGCAGUGGUCUUGUGUCCUCUGCUGCAAUGUCUUUGUGAUGAGCUGCUCCCCGCAGCAAAUGUGCAUUUGCAAGGGACAGACGAAGAGCUCCAAACCGCAAAGGGACUGAACGACGAGCAGGAAAAUGAGGAGGAGCCUUUCUGUCGCGUUUCGGAGAUGUGCCCCGACUUGUUCGAGGCUCUCGUCCAGCUGUAUGGGGGGUCCACCUCCCGCGUAGACAGCUACAUCUGCCAAAUACUUACUCUAGACAGCGCCGGGCCGCAUCUAGGUGGGCGUGCAGAGGAGCGGUUAGUGGAGGCGGAGGGGCUUGAGGGGCCUGUAGACCCGGACCAUGCCAGCGGCUCCACACCGCGGGAGACGGAGGGAGCGACAGACACGCCGGAUGGAGGCAGCUGUGAGGUAUUUGGCAGCGACUACAUCUGGAUGGCGGAGUUGCCAGACUUCCGGGAGGUGUGUGUUGACGCAAAUGCACAGGCGUCAGCAGCCUGCGACCGCAUCGUGCAACCUGUCAGUCUCUCCCUUGGAGGCCCCUGCGACUGGCUCGCCCUUGACCCCCGGCGAGUCAAGGAGACACUUGACGCGUUUGCCUUUCACUCCAAGCUGGUACAGCCGAAGCGAUUUGCUUUGGGGCAUCAGCAAUGCAUCAACCGAUGGAAGCUGGCUUCAGCAGCUUCACCUGAGAAUGAAGAGGUGCAGACGCAGGUGCAAGUGCAGUUACUGGGGGCCCUGAAGGCUCGGUCGAGUGUGACGCGAGAAACAGAGUUUCAGGAAACGGAAGGGAGUGGUGGUGGUCGGCAGACCUCUGUCGGGGCCUCAGAGCUGUCACGGUGUCUGGAGGCCCUCGAGAGCAGUUAUGAGUUAAAGGCUGUGCGGGACGCUUCGGUGGAGAGCAGCGCUUAUGAUUUGAGCUACCUCAUACCUUUCUUGACUGGGCGCCUGACGGCGGCGUGCUUUGUUUUGCUGUGGAGAUGGCAGCGUCUCCUGGAGGAGGAGCAAGAACACCAGCAGCAAACACGUUUGCAGCUGCAACAGCACCUGCAGCAGCAGCAGCAGCGGGAAGAGGAGGAGGGCAAGCCCAGUGGCCCCUGCGGCGACGCACUAAUCGCUUUAGGCUUGAACCGUCCCGUAUGCGCAGCGGAGGAGGCGCGCCGGGCCUGUGGGGUGGCGGGCGCUUGGCUACGGUACUUGGAAGAGGCAACACCAAAGCUCGAGGAGGCGGCUGGGAGCAUGUCUGCCCCGGAGGGCGCUAAGAUGGAGCCGGCUGGAAAGGGCGAGUGUGCCAGUGGGGCGCAGCCGAAGGAAACACCGGUAGAUACGGGGCCUGUGGCACCGGAAAUUCCCGCACAGCAAACCAAACGACGCAGGGAGGACGUUUGGGAGAUGGAUGAAUUUAAUCCUCAAGAGGUGCAGCCAGCUGUCACGCGUGUAAGCACGUUCUUGAAGGCUGCGCGGCGCAUUGGAAGACUUUGGAAACCUUUGCUCGCCAACGCCCAGGACGGACAGGCACAUGCUGACGCACAAGAUCAGGAGACAACAGCACGCAAACUUGAGGCAUGGGGGGCCGUUAUCGACGACGGUGAUCAGUGGCUCAGCAACUUCGCCUCUGGCGGCGGUCUCCAACUCCUCAUUAUGGCUCUUGGCUGCCCUGAUUCAUGUACGCGGGCGACAGCUGCCCAUGGGCUCGCAGUGUACACGCAUCUGCUCCAAUUGUCGGCAGACCGGUCGUUGCUACGUCACUUUGCCGAGGUGCACGCCUUCAACAUGCAGAACCGUAAGCGACAUUCGAGUGCUGCUGCUGCUAAAGCUCGAGGCUCCCGGUGGCGGGAGACGCAGCACCGGCACAAGGCUGCCACAUUUGCUUUCCGCGAAGUCAAGGAGCUCCUGACUCUUCUCACAUCGCUCAUGGCGUCGAUUCAGCAGCAGCAGCGGCAGCCAUCCUCAAUAUCCGCAGCAUCUGCAAGGCAUGGGCGGUUGCAAGCCAGCGGGAUUUUUCAGGCUGUCUCGCCCGUCACAUGCAGUUUUGCUGCUGCUGCCGUGCCGCUCCUCUUCCUUCCAGACCUACCGCUGUAUCCCGUGUUAAACUUUGCGCUGUUGAAGCAUCCCGCGGUUUCAGUGUUGUUGCAGGAGCCGUGCAUGCCCUUAACUUUGGCCGCUUUGCGGCAGCCUUUGUUGGGUUCCGAUGGUCUGUUUUCCCGUUUGCUGCUAUGCCCUUCCGCUGCAACGUCAGCAGAGCAGAAAAGGUUUUUGCUGUUAGUGCUUAAGAGGGCGAUGGCGGUGUCGCAGUGUACCGCCGACGGCUCUGUGGCAGUCAGCAGCCGCCUGCUGCAGGCCCACAGAAUAUCUCAGGCGGUGUUGCCCCCGCCGGCGCUGCUUGCACUGUCUGCCAUGCCGGUGCUUGGGGAUAUAAGCCAGAAUGCUUCAUUGAGUCGCAGCUUGCUGGAUGCUCUCUUGCUCUCAACAGCAGCCCCAGCCUGUCUAAGUGCCUGCACUUGGUGGACUGCACAUGCAGCCUUCUCACGAACAGCUGCCCAAGCUGAACUCUGCUGCGCCCGCGCUGCAACGGAGGGCCCUACAAAUGGCCACUCAGGGGCUUAUGUCCAGCCCCCACUCGCCACGGUUAACGCCCAGCACCUGCUGCAGCGAUAUGGAAUCUUGCAGUGGCUUCGAGCACAAGUGGAGGCAGUCUUAACGUCUCUUGGGGCCUCGCCUCGUAUUCGUAGAGGCACGGCAUUUUCCGUAGCGGGGGGCUGCGCAUCACUAGCCAGCCAACCUGUUCCCCCCCCGGUUCAUGCAGUGUCUUCUUCAACCAACAACAACCAGCUCAAUCACCAGCCCCACGCUUGCUUAGUGGAUGACAGAGGCCAGGCUGGAGGUUUAUUCGAAGCAAGCAGGAUGGAGGGUGGUCACAGGGCUGCGGUUCUGUCCAAGAUGGUGCCUCCUAUGAGGGACUGCACGCGGUUGUUGUGGUCCCUGAUUGCCGGCUCUGCGCUGGCGGCUCCCUUUCCAUGUUUGCCAUCCCCCCGCCUUUGCGUUAGGGGCAGCAGCGUCUGCUGCCCAGGAGACGGUGUUGUUUCACAAGGUGUGCAAACUGCAGCGGUAGAGAACAUCAAUUGGGGGACUAGGGCGUUGCACGCAGAUUGCAAGGAAGCUGGCGACUGCGGUUCCGAGGGACAGGCACCAUCUGGGGAACGUCAAGGAGCAGAGGAAACAGUGCACUGCGAGCGUUUCUGGCCUCUGGAAGAAGGCCCGGAUAAUCUACCUCUACUACAUGCCGCACUAAAGGCGCGGCGCCAACUCUUCAAGCUCAGGCAAUCUGCCGAAAGCAGUGAGAAAGAGGAGACAGGUGCACGCGGAGAGGCAAGUCAAACAAGCCCCACCACUGGCAUUGGGAAUGGGCUGCGCCGUGCCCACGCAGCUCGGCAUCUGCUCCUGGACCUUUUGCAGGGACUGCAGAGACUAGCCCGGGCUUGGUUUAUCUUUGGAGAGGCUGCAGGUGUGUUUGUGAGGGCUCGAGCCGGCGAAGCCGGAAGCAUGUUGGGGUGUACUGUCACACCGAAUUUGGUAUCAGACUUGCUGGAUGCGUCGGUUGCAUGCCUGUCAAGCCUGUGGGCGUUGGCAGCGUGCAGCCAGUCUGUUGGCUUGCUUGAGGAGGACAAUGAUGCUUCACAAACAUUAGGGCCACUCCAGAGGCAACACACUCUGCAGGCGUCUUCUUGUUGUGGGGACAUCCUCAGGCUGUGUGCCUGGUCAGCGGUUCUGCAUGCAAAUACCUCCCGUGGACGCACGCAACAAGGAGGCGCGUGCAAAGAGUUGAAUCCUUGCUGGUAUCGCUGCAAGCCUCUUUGGGAGACAGUGUAUUUUCUCAUAUGCGAGAGAGGGCUCGGGUCACCUAGCUGCCCUAAGGGGUCCUGUGAGCAGGCCGACGGAGUAACAGGUAGGAACCGCUGGGUGCGACUUGGAUUGCAGCAAAUCCAACGAUUUUGUGGAGCGAAGAACGAAAUGCUGCAGCAACUCAUUGCCGUUGCAGAAGGGCUAUGA